ACAAUAAAAUUGACAUUGUUUUGGGGUGCAACUACAAGUAUAUUAAAGAAUAUAAAAUAUGGUUAAAAACGAGCCCAAUUUUGUGGUGGAGCGCAUUAUUGACAAGCGUAUCACUGCCGAUGGUAAAGUAGAAUACUAUAUAAAGUGGCGUGGAUAUCCUUCGGCUGACAAUACUUGGGAGCCUGAGGAAAACUGCGACUGCCCAGCCCUAAUACAAAGGUUCGAGGAGUCGCGAGCCAAGUCGAAGAAGCGUGGCGAAAAAAAACCAAAAUGUGAAGAAAUAAUAAAGCCUCGCGGCUAUGAAAGAUGCCUAGAGCUGGCCGAAAUUAUGGGCGCCACGGACGUAAGCGGCGAUAUUAAGUACUUGGUCCGGUGGAUGAAUUGCGACGAAUUCGAUUUAGUCGCCAGCGCAGAGGUGUCUGAAAAAGACCCACAGAUGUUGAUCGAAUACUAUCAGAAGAUGGCUCCGUACAACAGUUAUAUUGACAAGCGGAUGCGCGGGGUUCCCGAGGAAAUACGCGUAAUAGCUGCUCAAACUGGUUACGCUGUGGUGUGUCCUGCCAACGAGCCCGUCGAGCCUGUCGCUGAGCCCUCCCUUACCAAUUUGGACAACAGUCAGUUGGUUGAGCAGCCACAACUAAAGAUGGCAGAGCAGAAAAACGAUGAUGUAGACACGGCAAUGGAUACCGUGGGCGUUUCGUAUUCAAUAACUGUGCCAGGAGUCGGAAAUAUUCCUAUUGAUGUACCCAUGGGAGAUGAAUAAGAUCGAACAGUUGUAAACAAUAAAUUUUUAAUCACUAGCAUUUAUGUAAUUAAAAUCUAAUUUAUAUUUAAGUGUCCAUUGUACUCGUCCAAGUUAAUGUCACCCAGUUGACCAGUGCGGAAGAAACUAAUGAACUUUCGUGCUGCUGCCAAUAAAUUUGUCAUCACUUCUA